AUGAUCAUUAUAGGAAAUAAUGAAGCUGAAAUCAGUGAUUUCAAGAAAUUCCUCAACACAUGCUUUAAAAUCAAAGACAUUGGGCCAUUGAAAUACUUCCUAGGGGUAGAAGUGGCUCAUUCUAAAGCUGGGAUUUCCAUUUUCCAGCGAAAAUACACUUUGGAUAUUCUUGAAACAUCUGGUUUACUUGGUGCAAAAUCGGCCAAUUUUCCAAUGGAGCAGAACUUGAAAUUAACUUCCACAGAUGGUGAAAUACUUAAGGAUCCAACUCACUAUCGCAAGUUGGUCGGGAAACUAAUCUACCUCACUAUCACACGGCCAGACAUCACUUACUCGGUAUCCGCUCUCAGUCAGUUUAUGCAACAACCAUGGAAACCUCACCUUGAUGCAGUAUACCGAGUUAUUCGAUAUUUAAAGAAAUCUCUAGAUCAGGGAAAGUUUUUCCCAUCAAUUAAUGAGUUGAAAUUGGUUGGAUAUUGUGAUGUUGAUUGGGCCGGUUGUCCCACCACAAGACGGUCUAUCACAGGGUAUUGCGUCUUCCUUGGAAAAUCAUUAAUUUCAUGGAAAAGCAAGAAACAAACAAUGGUGUCUAGAUCUUCAGCAGAGGCAGAAUACCGAUCAAUGGCAGCAGUAACAUGUGAGCUCACUUGGUUGCGAUAUUUGAUGCAUGAAUUAUGUGUGCCACACCAACAACCAGCCACGUUAUUUUGUGACAACCAAGCAGCCAUAUACAUUGCAGCAAACCYGGUUUAUMAUGAAAGAACCAAGYAUAUCRAAUUAGAUUGUCACACGGUACGCRAACGAAUUCAAAGAGGGGAGCUUAAAACUGCRUUCRUYCARACUCAACGRCAAAUAGCUGAUAUAUUCACCAAGCCUUUAGGCCAAGUAACCUUCCAAUCACAUGUCGACAAGUUGGGCAUUUUGGAUCUUCAUGCUCCAACUUGA